AUACAAGUCAGUUGGCACAAAUUUAGUACACAUAAAAAAGAGUUAGAUGCGAAAAUUAGCCCUUUUCAAAAAAAUGCACUAUUUUUUUUACCACACGAUACAAUAUGUAUUCAUCAUUGUAAUAAUGGUUCAUACAAAUUGCUCCUUUUUAAUUCUUUUGAGAAACUGCGUAUUUAUAGUUUUUAUUUUGUAUCUGGAACAUGCCAGGAGGAUCUUCAAUUUAUUUGAAAAUAUUGUGCGACCUAGAAAUGCAAAUUCUGUAAGAAUACAUGUUGAUGUUAUGUUUUAGGUAACUGAGGAAUAUUCAAAGUCAUUUAAUAUGUCAACUAAGUAUUUAUCGACGGUGUUUCUGGCAGGAGCAAGUAUUCUUAUCGUGUCCAUUUUAAACGUUGAGGCCAAAAAAAGACCAAAAUGGUGGAUGACCACUUCCAAGCCAGUCCCCACUGCCAGGCCAAGAACACAACCAGAGAUAGAGGCACUGCUAAAAAAAGACGGUAUUAUACCCGAUGUCAUCAAAUAUGCACCUAAUGACACAGUGCAAGUUGUGUACAAUAACAAUGAAACAGUGGUUGAUUUUGGCAAUGAGCUGACCUUCAAGGAUGUCAAAAAUGCGCCAACCUUUGUUGACUGGUUUUUGCACGAUGAGUACGAAGUUUACACAUUAAUGCUGCUAGGACCAGAUUCUCCAACACGAGAGAAUCCAUCAAACCGCUGCUACAAACACUGGCUGGUGGCCAACAUUCCCGAGGAAAGAAUUUAUGCUGCAGAAGAAUUUGCCUCCUACACGAUUUCCACUCGGGCCUAUGAACCUGGUAGGUAUUUAACUCAAUCAUAUUACACCCAGCUCAAUUGGAAUUUCUCAAGGUUCGGCUUCAAUUUUUUGGCGCGAUGCAUUCUAGGUAAAUUCUGAAGCUGAGUAUAGCGC